GAGUUGAGAAGGCAAUUGCUGUUUUUGUUAGUUCUGCAAAGUGAGAGGAUUAAAAACUUCCACUUUUCAGCAGAAAUGGGACUGGCAGCUGAGCAGUCAGGUGGUUCCCUCCUUCGAAGUUUCUUAUUGGCUCUGGAAAGUCUCAUUGAAAAGAAAGUGCAGAAUAGGGCUGAAAAACUGGAAUAAUAAUGAGGGAAAUCUUCUACAGCUCUUCUGCUGUUUUUCAUUAUUCCAGACAGGUGGAAAGCAGGAACACUGGCUCGUUUUUCUGAGUACACCUGGCAGCAACUCAAGAGAGACCCAAUUUUGCCAAAAUAAAAAGUACCAAAGACAGACCUACCAAUGAAGUGUGAAAAUUGCACCAAAAAGGAAUGUAGUAAAAAACAGAAGAACGAUGAUCCACAAAAUGCAACCGUUGAUGUUCUCAAUUCAAAUGAUGAAAACAAUGAGAAAAGUGAAUUCCAUAAGUUGGCUAAUGCAAAAAUAUUCCUUAGUGACUGCCUAGCUUGUGACAGUUGCAUUACAGCCGAGGAAGCAGUCAAAGUUUACCAGCAGAAUCCAAAUGAGUUCUUCCGUGUACUGAACCUUAAUAAGAAGUGUGAUACCUCAAAACAUAAAGUAUUGGCAGUGUCUAUAUGUCCUCAGUCUUUGCCUUAUUUUGCUGCUAAAUUCAAUCUCUCAGUAACAGAAGCGGCUAGGAGGCUUUGUGGCUUCCUCAAAAGUCUUGGAGUGCAUUAUGUCUUUGACACCGCAAUAGCUGCUGAUUUCAGUCUUCUGGAGAGCCAGAAGGAAUUUGUGCAACGGUACCGCCAGCAGAAUCAGGAAGAACAUGUUUUGCCAAUGUUUUCUUCUGCCUGUCCAGGUUGGAUCCAGUAUGCAAAGAGAGUCCUGCCCAGCAUGGUAAUCCCACAUAUUUGCACUGCGAAGUCACCACAGCAGAUCAUG